UGGAAGCUGAAUGGGGGGGGGGACCGCGCCUCGUCGUUGCGCAACAGGAGCCUCGUAUUCCGCAGAUUUCGACUCAAAUUAGGAGUUGCCUUUUCGUGAACGUUAUGGAUCUGUGUCAAUUUCCGAGUGUUAUUUAAAGAUUGGAAUGCAUGGUUUGUUCGAGUUCUGUCUUUGAAGAAGCUUGUCUCUCUGUGCAAGAAGUGCAAGAGUUGGAUCCUUCCCGUGUUUCAUCGCGAGUUGGACAUGCAGAAUUUGAUCUUGAAAAUUCUCAUCUACGCCGGGAGAAACGGAGCCAACAUGACAUAUCAAGCCGGAACUAGAAAUCCGAGAAAUUACAGCGGAAAGAUGCUUGCUGUCUGUGGUGUUGCUCUCGUCUUCGAUCGGGUCCUCGCUUCCACAGUGACGGCGGCGGCGGCUUGAGUCAACCUGACAAUCUGUGCAAGGACUACUACGAUUGAUUUGAGGAGACGGCAAAACAGCUGGAGAAACAGAUGGAUGAGAUGCGUGGGUUGCUUGCCAGUGAGGUGGCCCAAAGGCGUCUGGACAGGCUCGCAUCGCAUUUCUGUGAAGCAAAUCUUGCGAAGGAAGAAAAGGUCAGUCGGGAAGUAUGUGCAAAACCCUUUCAGCGGUCUGUAAAUCCCACAAUUCUCGCCAAUCUCAUGGCAGGUGGCUAUCCAGCUGACAGGCAGAAGAUUUUUGAUUUCUUUAUCAGCCGUCCAGACUUGGAGACUCCUGUUGAGAUAGCUAAAGCUGAGCAUCGGGAGCUUGCGUUUAAGCAACUGAAAGCUCUUGUCAAUGAAGCAAGUAUUCAUCCCAUGAAGUUAUUGAUGGAGGAUCCAGCGCGCUACUUCACAAUUACGGAGGCAAUUGGUUUCAUUGACGUAUCUUUAGGGGUUAAGCUGGGAGUUCAGUUCAGUUUGUGGGGAGGCUCCGUCGUUAAUUUAGGAACGCAAAAGCAUCGAGACAAGUAUUUGGAGGGCAUUUCCAAUUUGAAAUUUCCUGGGUGUUUUGCCAUGACUGAACUUCAUCAUGGUUCCAAUGUGCAAGGCAUUCAGACAACUGCUACAUUCGAUCGCAUGACUGAUGAAUUUGUUAUCAACACUCCAAACGAUGGAGCAACGAAAUGGUGGAUAGGUAACGCUGCCGUUCAUGGGAAGUUUGCGUCAGUUUUUGCGCGACUGAAGCUGCCUUGUCCUGAUUCUCAUCUGGACACAGACAUGGGUGUUCAUGCUUUCAUUGUACCCAUACGGUCAAUGGAAGACCAUUCAGUGCUGCCUGGAAUUGAGAUACGAGACUGCGGUUACAAAGUCGGGUUAAAUGGGGUAGAUAACGGAGCGCUAAGGUUUCGCAAUGUUCGUAUUCCUAGAGAUAACCUUCUGAAUCGAUUCGGAGAUGUAUCUAGAGAUGGAGGGUACACUAGCAAACUCCCGACUAUCAACAAACGGUUCGCGGCAACGUUGGGAGAGCUUGUUGGUGGAAGGGUGGGUUUAGCGUAUGGUUCUGUCGGAGUGCUGAAGGCUGCAUCCACAGUUGCUAUCAGGUAUUCGUUGCUACGGCAACAGUUUGGGCCUCCGAACAAGGAAGAAGUCAGCAUUCUGGAUUAUCAAUCACAACAACAGAAACUGAUGCCCAUGCUUUCUUCAGCAUAUGCAUUUCACUUCGCUACAGAGUACCUUGUCGCGCGAUAUGCUGAAAUGAAGAAAACGCACGAUGACGAGAUAAUCGCUGAUGUCCACGCUCUAUCCGCGGGACUUAAAGCAUAUAUUACAUCCUACACUGCAAAGGCAUUGAAUACUUGUCGAGAGUCCUGCGGUGGACACGGUUAUGCAGCUGUAAAUCGCUUUGGUACACUUAGGAAUGAUCACGAUAUUUUUCAAACAUUCGAAGGUGACAAUACAGUCCUUCUACAACAGGUGGCAGGUGAUUUAUUGAAACAAUACAAAAGAAAAUUUACAGGUGGAGCAUUGAGUGUAACCUGGACAUACUUGAGGGAUUCCAUGUCGAACUUGUCCCAGACAAAUCCUGUGGCUACACACCGAGAAGGUUACACUCAUUUACGAGACCCACGGUUUCAACUGGAUGCUUUUCAGUAUCGCACUGCAAGGUUGCUUCACACGGCGGCGCUGCGUUUGAGGAAGCACUCAAAACGAUUUGGUAGCUUUGGGGCCUGGAACCGGUGUCUUAACCACCUGCUCACGUUGGCGGAAUCUCACAUUGAGUCAGUCAUCCUUGCAAAAUUCAAUGAGGCAAUUGAAAGGUGUGAGGACAGGCAGACUAGGAAAGUUUUGAACAUGGUGCGUGACUUGUAUGCUUUGGACCGAAUUUGGAAGGACAUUGGCACGUACCGUAACCAAGAUUAUGUUUCUCCGAACAAGGCUAAGGCCAUUCACCGACUCGUAGAAUAUUUGAGCUAUGAACUAAAAGGGGCAGCUGGAUCUCUUGUUGAUGGAUUUGGCAUUCCUGACGCACUUUUGCGCGCCCCAAUCGGCUUACAGUCGGGCCAGUAUUCUGAGUACUCACACUAUGUUGGGUUUGAGUAGAUCAACUCACAAGUCUAGAUGCAGUGAUGAUGUCUAUUGGCUGAGCAUUUCUUUAUUUAAUAUACAACAUAGAUACCGACCAAUCCUGUGACGAGAAAA